AUGACUAAUUGGACAAACGUGACCGGCUGCAUCAGUUUAUGCGAUGAGGACAGUAUGGACAGUAAUGAAAAUGGCAUGGAUAUUGAGUACCCGGUCCAACUGUUCCCAGUGCCAAUACUGACUGGCAUCACAGUGACGUGCUCUUUCCUUUUCCUCGUUGGAAUAACUGGGAACCUGUUGACCAUCAUGGUGGUCACUAAAUACAAAGACAUGCGGACAACCACCAACCUUUACCUCUGCAGCAUGGCACUUUCAGACCUGCUCAUUUUCCUGUGCAUGCCCCUCGACCUGUACCGGGUCUGGCGGUACCGACCGUGGAACUUCAGCGACGAACUGUGCAAACUCUUUCAGUUUGUGAGUGAAAGCUGCACGUACUCCACCAUCCUCAACAUCACCGCCCUAAGCGUAGAGAGGUACUUCGCCAUUUGUUUUCCCUUCAGGGCAAAAGUCAUCGUCACGCGGGGACGGGUGAAGGGGGUGAUUUUACUCCUCUGGAUUGUGGCUCUCUGCAGUGCUGGACCCAUAUUCAUUCUAGUCGGGGUCGAGCACGAGAACGGCACCAAUGCCUGGGAGACCAACGAGUGUAAAGCGACCGAAUAUGCCAUCCGGUCCGGACUCUUGACCAUGAUGGUUUGGGUCUCCAGUGUGUUUUUCUUCCUCCCGGUCCUCUGUUUGACAGUGUUAUACAGCCUCAUAGGCAGAAGAUUGUGGAGAAGAAAGGAGAAUCCUGUUGGACCCAUUUCAAGUCGGGACAAGAACAAUAAGCAGACUGUCAAAAUGCUGGCUGUAGUGGUUCUUGCGUUUGUUCUCUGCUGGCUGCCAUUCCACGUGGGUCGAUAUCUCUUCUCCAAGUCAUCCGAGGCCAAUUCACCUCUCAUCUCUCAAAUCAGCGAAUAUUGCAACCUGGUCUCAUUUGUGCUCUUUUACCUCAGUGCUGCGAUCAACCCUAUCCUUUACAACAUCAUGUCCAAAAAGUACAGAAGCGCAGCUUGCAGACUGUUUGGUCUGAUGCGCGCUCCCAGACGAUCAAUACAGAAUAUCUUGAAUGCAGAGAGUUUUUCAGUGUGGAAUGAAUACAGCUGGAGCACGUGACAUGAGAAAUCAAGCUUUCAAACAUGGCAUUUACAUUUGUGGAAACUCUGCACUUAAUUUACACUGAAAAACCUUCAUGGGAAUCAGAAGGACUGGCACAUUGCAGUCAACAUUAUGUGAACAAAUUAACUCUAUAAAAAGUAAUUGUCUUGCUUUCAACUAUUCACUUGUUGAGUCAUCUAAUACUGAUAAAAGCCAUUACAUUUUUUUUUUCAAGCUCAGCCUGUAUAAAGCAGUAAAAAGGGCAACAUGAGCCCUAAUAACUGAUCAUUAUAAUAAUAAAAAAAUGCAUGACUGUGAGAGGUUUUUUGGUAUUACAAUCAAGAAUGAAUUGAUCUUUCAAAUUUUUUUUAUUUACUUUAAGGUGGCACAUACGUACACAUUGACAUGCCUAUGUUAAUGCAAAAUAAACCAAAUACAAGCAUUGUUUCUAUGAAUGUUUAUGCACAUUUAUAACUGUCAUCAGCAAAUAGAACCAGCAGUGUUAUGAUUACCCUUAUAUCCAUGUGUACAUAUGCACACUACCCAAAAAUGCCUUAAACUGUCUGACAGAGCACUGUAGAUGCAGGCAUUGUAGAUUGUACCCUAUGUGGGAGAAAAUACAAUAGUACUGAAUGAAAAAAAUCCCAUACCAUUAAAAGCCAUCGCCAAGCUUGUGUUUUUAGAUUAAGUUCGAUAAAUACAUAACAGCCAUGAAAAAGUGCACUUAUGACAGGAUUGUGAAAACCGCUGCUACAGUGCUGUGUUUGAAUGCGCCUUGUGUUUGAAUUCAGCAUAUAUCGAUUACAUUUUGAUUCAAGUCUAAAAGUGUUGUUUGCUUUCAUGGUUUUAUUGCAAAAUUGAUAAACUUUGGUUGGAGACAUUUAAUGAUCUUCACAUAAAUGAAUGUACUGUAUGUUUUUGUUAAUGAAAAUAUCAAGGAAUUCAUAUUUUGUGUAUAUGUGUAUUUUUUGUGCUAUAUACUACUGGGAAAAACACUGCUUGCUCCUGUCCUUUCUUCUUAAAUAUCAAAACCUUGAGACAGAAAAAUUCAAUUUGUUAUAUGGACAGCUUUCAUGUUGGGGGAUCCGUCUUACUUCUACAUUAGAAAGAACACCCACAGACUCCAAGAAAAAUACAACCACCAUAUCACGACUUUUAUGAAUCCCCAACACAAUGAAGAUGCACUGAAAAAUGUUUGUUUUGUCAAUAUUAAAAUGAAGUAAAUAUGAACUAAUGCAAAGUAAGCUUUUAAGACUU